UGUAUGUGUAUGUAUAUGUGUAUAUAUAUAUAUAUAUAUGUAUGAUGUAUAUGUAUAUAUAUAUAUAUACUUUUUUAAAAUGAACAAGUAGUAUUUUUAUACUAUAACCUCAGCUACGUAUGUUACUUAAAUACAUAUAAUGUAAGACGUUGAUGAGCGAAGACUUCGAAGCAAAUUAAUAUGGAGAAUUUAAAUGAUUUUUUAUCUAACUAAAAAGCGUACUUAGCAAAAUAUAAAUUUUAUUAGUGUAUAAAACAAUAUGAUAAUUAAUGUUAUCUUAUUGUAGAGAAUAUUGUUAUUAAAUCGGAAAGGUUUUAAAGUAUUGUAAAAUUGUAAAAUACAUUGAUCAAAAACUCAUCUACAUUCAUUCGUAUUAUAUUGAAAUAAAUUUUUAUUCGCGAAAUAUCAACAAUAUGAUUGACGAACGAAAUGCAUUAUUUGUAUAGAAGAGAGAGAGAGAGAAAAAAAAAAAAGGAAAAACUCCAUACAAAGCAAACGUUGUCUUUGUUCGACGUAUAAUCUUAUUGGAUAUUCCGUUCGAUUUUAGUAAGAAUGGAAUUUAUUCUAUCUGAUACUAUUCGGAGAACGAAACAGAUUUUGGUUCCAUCGGAAUUGACCAAUAGAUAAUCUUCGUUCUUACUUGACGAAUAUAUCUACGAAGAUUAUGAAAUUUUUUGUAGGAUAUAUUUCUUUCUAAUAUCCUUUUAAUUUGUCUUAUAUGUGAAAUAAUUCAAACAUAUAAUUACACGGAUAUUAAGCGAAUGCAAUUGUUUACGAUAACUUAUCUUCUUACUGUAAUCUUUCGUUUAUCUUAACAGUGAGAUAACACUGUUUUAUCUAUAAUUUCUUUCUAUGCAAACGAUAAAAGAAAAAAAAAAAAAUAGAAAAAAGAAAACAAUCUCAUCAGGAAAAUAUAAAAAUGGUUAUAUCAUUUAUUAGAUAAAGUAUUCAUCUAAAGUGCUGCUAUUAAAUUCUUUAUGGUAUUGUAAAAAAAAAAAAAAAAGGAAAAAGAAAAAGAAAAAGAAAAAACGUUAUAUCAAAGGUAUGCUCUAAUUCGAAUUCAAAUUUAUCCAAUUUAUCGAUUUAAAAAAGGGGGAUUGACGAUUUCAAUCGUAUUUCAUAUAAAAAUUCAACGGUACAUUCUUCCAUCGUAGUAAGAUUUCUCGUUCAUGAUCAAGCUGCAGCUUGGUGGCGACUCUUAAGUAACGUACCGUCAUGGCGACAUUACCGCCACGAAAAAAUCCAACCGCGACGAAAAUUUCGAAGCAACAGUUGACUCCUUUACAAACACUUUUACAACUUGGAUUUCCGAAACAUCGAGCGGAAAAAGCAUUAGCUGCUACUGGACAUCGUGGUGUUCAGCUUGCAUCUGACUGGUUACUUGCCCAUGUCAGAGAUCCGACUCUAGAUUUUAUUACACACAGACAAUAUGUCUUAUAUGCUUGUCCUACAGGAGCAUUGGCAGAACGUCUUUUAACAUUUUGGGCAGAAAGUAAAGAAUUAGGUUGGAAUGGGGCACAUAACUUUAUACCACAUAUUACACUUGUAUCUUUUUUUCAAGCAUCAGAUGAAUUAACUCCAGAACUUGUAAGUUCUCUUGAAAAUAUCAUCGAUUUAGAUGAACUUUGUGAUCGUAUUGAUUUGGAAACAUAUGUUUCGCCCAACUUUAUGGGACUUUUCGUCAAAGAUGCAGACACUAAAUGGCUUACAAAAAUUUCUACCAAUUAUGUUGAUAAACUAACAAGUUUAGGUAUUACUGCCAAACCUCAAGUAAAAUCAUUGCAUCUCACAUUGGCUUAUCAGUUUCCUAGCAACUUAUUUCAACCUCUCCGUUUGAUGGUUGAAAAGUUGGGACCAACUACACCGGACAAUUGGGAACUUAGAUUAUACUCUAGAGAUACUAGGUUACAAAAUUCUCAUGUCCAUAAAGUUAUACACGCGUAUACAUCUAAAGAACAUGAUGACUUAGAAUUAAGAGUAGGAGAUUACGUUUAUAUACCAGAAGGAGCAUGUAAUGCUUCUACCGAUGGAUGGGUCGAAGGUACUUCCUGGUUAACAGGAACUUCAGGUCAUUUACCUUUAAAUCAUACAAAACGAACAGCUGAAUCAGAUUCAUGGACACUGCAUACUACUAUACAAAUUAAUAAUAAGAAAAGUGAAACCGUGGAAGAAGAGGCAAUGCCAAAAACAAGAAAACAACAACCAUCAUUGUUAUCUACUGAAGAUUCUGUAGAUACACCAGAUGGAAUAGAAAUAAAUAAAGAAUCAAUAGAGGAGGCCUCUUCAUCACCUAUAGUUUCUGCAAGACAGAUCUUCAUAUGUCGUCAUGGAGAGAGAGUAGAUUUUACAUUUGGUGCAUGGAUCCCAUAUUGCUUUGAAGAAAAUGGUUGUUAUGUACGUAGAGACCUAAAUAUGCCAAAGGAGAUACCACUAAGGAAUAUACGAGACUUUCAAAACGAUAGUCCUUUAACGACAGUUGGGGAAGUACAAGCAGGAUUGGUUGGCGAAGCAAUGAAAUCAUCUAACAUAAAAAUAGAUGUUGCUUUUACUUCGCCAUCUCUCAGAUGUGUUCAAACGCUUGCUCAUAUUUUAAAAGGUUUAGAUUUAGAUAUACCCAUGAAAAUAGAACCAGGUUUAAUAGAAUGGUUAGCAUGGUAUCCAAACGGUAUACCUGUCUGGAUGACUUCUGAAGAAUUAAUUAAUGCAGGUUUUAAUGUGGAUAAAAAUUAUAGCGAAAUAAUUCAAGCAAAGGAUCUUCCAUUAAAAGAAAAUGCAGCACAGUAUUAUGAAAGAAGCUACGAUUUAAUUAAACGGAUAAUUGAAAGUACGGUAGGUAACAUUCUCAUAGUAGCUCAUGCUGCUUCUUUAGCAGCUUGUACUAAACAACUGACUGGUGGUCAGAUACCACCAGCAGCAGAAGUAACGAAAUUAGUUCAACGAGUACCAUACUUGGCAUGUUUAGCCGCUCGCGAAGAAUUGAAUGGGUGGCAACUUCACCCACCUCCUUUUCCUCCUAUCACGCAUACUAGUAAUAGUAGAUUUGACUGGAAGGUCUUAAUGUAAAAAAUAUAAAAAAUAUUGAACAAUUGAAUUAACCUUUGAAACAUAAUAGAAUCGCAAUCAUAAAAGACUGUCAUGAUACAAUGAAUUUUAUAUAAGAGAAUAGUUGAUAUUGAAAUUAUCGAGAUCAAGAACAGACAUAAGCAGUCUUGCUUCAAACAUAUAAUACAAAACAUAUGAUAUUUUCUUGUUUAGUAAUUAAGAACAUUGAAAAAUAAUGAAUAUGAAAUAUUGGCAGUUCGUUCUGCCCUUCCAAGACAAAAAUAAUAAUUGUAAUAUGUAGGAUAGAUUAUGUAGGAAUUUACUUAUGUUGUACCUGCAUUUCGAUUUAUCGUAAGUUCGAAAUAAGAAUAACUUAUUUACUAGUUUUAAAUGUGAACCAUUGAAUAAUUAAAUAUCAGUUCUUCAAUUUAAAUGAUUAUAAAAAUCAGUGCAAAAAUAAUUUUAUGAACUGUUUCCUAUCAUAUAUAACUUCAUUUUUUUGCAACAUUAAUGAAAAUUGAUAUAAUUGCCAUUUUAUAUUUGAACUAGAGUGCUGCAUUUUACAAAGCCAAUUUAAACUUUCCAAUCAGCUUAUAUUUUAUUAAAAUUUUGUUCAUUAAAGAAUAUGCAAUAUCAAUGUCAAUAUUUUUAUUUUAUAGAAUUUUAUUAGUAAAAGAAGAUU